AUGGCGGAGCCCAACGAGCAGCGCGCGUCUCAGGCGUCCAGGCCGCCAGCUGAAUCUAACUCCGGAUGGAAGCCAGCUCUAUGCGUUGUAUUCGUUGAGCUCUUCAACACAGGAACUAUAUUGCUGGGCAAGGUUGCGGUUGAUGGGGGCAUGUUUGUUUUCUCAUUGCUCUUCUACCGAAGUUUUUUAGGUGCCUUGUUCAUCUUUCCAUUUGCUCUAAUUUUCGAAAGUGGGAAGUGGAAGGAAUUGGACAAGAAAGCUCUUGGAUGGCUCUUCAUUAAUGCUUUUGCCGGGUAUUCCUUGCCAAUGGCCUUGUACUACUACGGGUUACGAGACACACCUGCAUCCUAUGCUGUGAUCUUUUCAAGUUUGACUCCUCUCGUCACAUUCGUCCUGUCCAUAUUACUUCGCAUGGAGACCCUGCACCUCAAAUCAAAGGAGGACGCUGCAAAGGUGACUGGAGCAUUGGUUUGCUUUGGUGGGGCCCUACUGAUCAGCCUGUACAAAGGAAAAAAUUUACAUCUCUGGCCGGCAAUUAUAAAAGAGAGCAUUGAGAAUUCCAAUAAAACUGCUGGGACACACCAUCUGAGGGGCACCUUGCUUUUAUUUGGUGACUGUGUUAGUUACGCAUUUUGGUACCCCAUACAGGUCAAAGUUUUAAACUUAUACCCAUGGAAGCACUGGUCGUCAGUGAUGACAUGUGUUUUAGGAAGUCUACGGACAUUUGCCAUAGGAAUAAUUAUGAGAAGGGAUAAACUUGGCUGGCAAAUUGGAUGGAACAUUCAACUGUUGACCAAUGUCUACUCAGUAAGGCUGCCUCAGAAUGCAUUUAUUUUAAGAAAUUACUUUCUGCAAAUAUUAUGA